AUGUCCAGCAAGAGCCGGAAGAGCAAGGAGCAGGGGAGAGUGACCUUCCCCCCGCAGCACCAGCAGCAGGACGAGGAGGAGGAGGAGGAGGAGGAGGAAGGGGCAGAGGAAGAGGAGCAGCAGCGCCGGCGCCGCGGCUGGAGAGGCGUCAACGGCGGGCUGGAGCCCCCUCCGCCACCUCAGCGCGCCGUGAAAACCCUCCGGGAGCCCUUCGGCUACUAUCCGCCGCCGCCCUUUGCCAGCACCAUGUACAUUGAAGAAAGUCCAUCUCUGAGGCGUAUGACGAUGAUGAGGGAAAAGGGAAGGCGGCAGGCCAUUAGAGGCCCGGCAUUCAUGUUCAACAACAGAGGCACUAGUCUAACCGCUGAAGAAGAGCGCUUUCUGGAUGCAGCAGAGUAUGGGAACAUACCUGUGGUGCGCAAAAUGCUAGAGGAGUCAAAAACACUGAAUGUCAACUGUGUUGACUACAUGGGCCAAAACGCCUUGCAGCUUGCUGUAGGGAAUGAACAUUUGGAAGUGACAGAACUUCUGUUAAAAAAAGAGAACUUGGCACGGAUUGGAGAUGCCCUGCUGCUCGCAAUCAGCAAGGGCUACAUUAGGAUAGUGGAAGCAAUUUUGAAUCACCCUGGCUUUUCAGUAAAUAAGCGACUGACUCUGAGCCCUUGCGAGCAGGAGCUCCAGGACGAUGAUUUUUAUUCCUAUGAUGAAGACGGCACCCGCUUUUCUCCGGACAUCACUCCCAUCAUUUUAGCUGCCCACUGCCAAAAAUACGAAGUUGUGCACAUGCUGUUGAUGAAAGGAGCAAGGAUAGAAAGACCUCAUGAUUAUUUCUGCAAAUGUAAUGACUGCACAGAGAAGCAAAAGCAUGAUUCUUUCAGUCACUCUAGGUCAAGAAUAAAUGCCUACAAAGGACUGGCCAGUCCGGCUUACCUGUCCCUCUCCAGUGAAGAUCCUGUACUCACUGCUCUGGAACUCAGCAAUGAGCUUGCCAAGUUGGCCAACAUUGAAAAAGAGUUCAAGAAUGACUAUCGCAAGCUGUCUAUGCAAUGCAAGGAUUUUGUGGUUGGUGUUCUCGAUCUCUGCCGAGACUCGGAAGAAGUGGAGGCCAUUCUGAAUGGGGAUUUGAAUUCAGAGCCAGUUGAAACGCAGCGACACAGAGCGUCACUGAGCCGUGUGAAACUGGCCAUCAAGUAUGAAGUCAAAAAGUUUGUGGCCCAUCCAAACUGUCAGCAACAACUACUGACUAUCUGGUAUGAAAAUCUCUCAGGACUGCGGGAGCAGACCAUAGCUAUCAAGUGUCUGGUUGUGCUGGUUGUGGCGUUGGGCCUUCCUUUUCUAGCCAUUGGUUAUUGGAUUGCGCCAUGUAGCAGGCUUGGAAGAAUUCUUCGAAGCCCGUUUAUGAAAUUUGUGGCACAUGCAGCAUCCUUCAUUAUUUUCCUAGGCCUGCUGGUGUUCAAUGCUUCAGACAGAUUUGAAGGCAUAACAACGCUACCAAAUGUCACCGUUACUGAUUACCCUAAGCAGAUCUUUAGGGUGAAGACUACUCAGUUCACCUGGACAGAAAUGCUGAUCAUGGUGUGGGUACUUGGUAUGAUGUGGUCAGAAUGCAAAGAGCUGUGGCUGGAAGGACCCAGGGAAUAUAUUUUGCAGUUAUGGAACGUUUUGGAUUUUGGGAUGCUGUCCAUUUUCAUUGCAGCUUUCACGGCGAGGCUUCUAGCAUUCCUGCAGGCCACAAAAGCACAACAAUAUGUGGACAACUACAUUGUGGAGAGUGACCUCUCUGAGGUCACGCUUCCUCCAGAAAUAGAGUAUUUUACUUACGCUAGAGAUAAAUGGCUCCCAUCUGAUCCUCAGAUAAUAUCUGAAGGCCUUUAUGCAAUUGCUGUCGUUCUUAGCUUUUCUCGGAUUGCAUAUAUCCUGCCUGCAAAUGAGAGUUUUGGGCCCUUGCAGAUUUCACUUGGAAGGACUGUUAAAGACAUCUUCAAAUUUAUGGUCCUUUUUAUUAUGGUAUUUCUUGCAUUUAUGAUUGGAAUGUUCAUACUGUAUUCCUACUACCUUGGAGCUAAGCUAAACCCAGCCUUUACAACAGUGGAAGAAAGUUUCAAAACCUUAUUUUGGUCAAUAUUUGGCUUGUCUGAAGUAACCUCUGUUGUCUUGAAAUACGAUCAUAAGUUCAUAGAGAACAUUGGUUAUGUUCUUUAUGGCAUAUACAAUGUAACGAUGGUGGUAGUUCUGCUCAACAUGCUGAUCGCUAUGAUCAACAGUUCCUAUCAAGAAAUUGAGGAUGACAGUGAUGUAGAGUGGAAGUUUGCUCGUUCUAAACUUUGGUUAUCAUACUUUGAUGAUGGAAAAACAUUACCUCCACCAUUUAGUCUUGUACCAAGCCCCAAAUCUUUUUUCUAUUUCGUCAUGAGGAUCAUUAACUUUUCUAAGUGCAGGAGAAGACGGCUACAGAAGGACAUUGAAAUGGGAAUGGGCAAUUCCAAAUCUAGGUUAAACCUUUUCACUCAGUCGAACUCCAGAGUUUUUGAAUCACACAGCUUUAACAGCAUUCUCAAUCAGCCGACACGCUAUCAGCAAAUAAUGAAAAGACUGAUCAAACGUUAUGUUCUGAAGGCACAAGUGGACAGAGAAAAUGACGAAGUAAAUGAAGGUGAAUUAAAGGAAAUCAAACAAGAUAUCUCCAGUCUUCGCUACGAACUCUUAGAGGAUAAGUCCCAAGCAACAGAAGAGUUAGCAAUUCUAAUACAUAAACUCAGCGAGAAACUAAAUCCUAAUAUGUUGAGAUGUGAAUGA